ACGUCCUUGAUAUUGUUGAAAUAUCCGAAUUUAAUUCACAAUCGAAAAAAGUUAAAAUUUAAAUGUAGACAUAUCAGCCAUCGUGGAGGGCUGUUGCUUUGGGAACUGAUAUGUUGGAGCUGGACUGUCAAAUUACAAAAGACAGCAAAGUAGUUGUUUCACAUGAUCAAAACUUGCUACGCAGCACUGGUGUUGAUUGCAAUAUCUCCCAACUCAAUUACUGUGAUCUUCCUCUGUUAAAACCAGAACUACCUGUUGAUUUUGACCCAGGUCACACUUUUGUUGGUUCAGGGAAAGAAGAGGAGAGAAGAAUUGUACUUUUGGAAGAAGUAUUUCAGAUGUUCCCUAACGUACCUAUAAAUGUAGAUAUCAAGAUUGAUGAUGAGAAUCUUAUGAAAGAAGUUGAAAGAUUGAUUGUUCAAUACAAUAGGGAAGAAUACACAGUCUGGGGUAACUUCAGUGACAAAGUUACAAGGAAACUUUAUUCAAUGAAUCCACGAGUCAAUCUCCUAUUCUCAAUGAAACAGGUUUUGCUGCUAGUAUUGCUGCUGUACACUGGACUCUUGCCAUUUGUGCCCAUUAAAGAGACACAUCUUGAAAUUUUUCUACCUGCUAUUUAUUUAAGGUUGAUCAGGAAAAGAAGCAAUAAUACCUCAUAUUUACCUCUCCACACUUUCUUUGUGCGAAGUAUGGACUUGCUUCUCAUGAGACGCAUUCUUUUUAACCACUUAGAAAAGCGUGGAAUCCAGAAACUUAUCAAGGAGAUUCACCACCAAAAGCAAACAGAGGGACGUCGUGGAAGGAGAUCGGCUGAUGGUGACAAUCCCCUUAUGCCUCACCGAGCGCCACUUCAUCUCGCUAAUCCCAGGAGCUUCAAAGAAGGAGGCCACCCAGUGAAGGUGUAUUGUAUGUGCAAAACAUGAUAAACGAAGUGACACAAGAUACAUUUGUGUAAAAUGUAAUUAGGCUUUAUGUUUGAAUUUUUGUUUCGAGAGAUAUCACACUUUGAAGUAUUACUAAUGUAAUGCUUUCUAUUUUUUUUUUCACUUAAUAAAGUACCUUUUUUGAACAAAAUAAGACUGUCUGAACAAAGAUUUAAAAAAAAGGAAACGAUUUACACUGACAAUACUGGAUUUUGCGUAUCAUUUUUAUCUCAGUAAUAACAGUAGACUGCUGCAGUCAUAUAUAUAUGCACCGGGUGAAAAUAACGCACACAGGGCGGGAGUCGCUGAGAGUAAAUGCGCAGUGAAAGGAUUAAUAAGCAAGAAGAAAACAAAGAAAAUAUGCAAACAAUGUUCCAAAAAAAGUGGACUGCCCUAAGUUUCUUGAAAAUAUAGAAAUAAAACUUUUAGUUGUUAAUCUAAUGCUAUGCCAGUCUUUCUUGAAUGACCAAGAAUCAGAAACAGAUGUAAAGUACUGAAAAUUUCAAGUAUAAAUUCACAUUUUGAUGUUAACUUUCAGGCCAUAGUGCAGGCUGGGUCCUGCUGUCUGACAUACACACAAUCUUGAACACAUAUUUCACUGUUUUUUUUUUUCUGUUAAACCUGAAAUCUACAUCAAAUAGGGAAAGGCACAAGUAUUUUGUCAAUGCACAUAGUACAGCCUGGGGAGCAACACUACUCAUAGUUAACAACAAAUCUGUUACAAAUGUUUGGCACUGUGCCAUUCACAUUACCCUUUUUCCUUUCAGCCCUACCAUC